AUCUUGAUGACCCUGUUUAACAUGAAGCUUGGAAUCUUUACUCUUGUUCUCGUGAUCGGCUGCACAGUUCUGAUAGAGGCCACCAAUGUUCAUAAUAAAUGUGUUGCUAGGUGCUGGAAGAAGAUGCCAAAGUGUAACAAUCAGUGCCGCACAAUCAAGACGCCCAAACAAGCAUGCAAGUAUUUUGUUGCUAGACCUAAGGCUCCGAUUUGCUCAGUGAACUUCACUUCUACUUUUCAUUAUGCUACUACUGACCAGCUGAAAAUAUUUAUGAAAAGCUCUUGCCAUGAAAAACCAAUAAAACUUUGUUUUGAAAAUAAACGAACACACCACUGUGAUCGUAGAUUUGAUGGCAAUAUUGCGGAUUGCAUGUUAAGUAAGCUGAACUAUAGGGUAUCACCUAAUCCCAGUGUGCUACACAUAAAAUCACGAAUACGCUAG